CUCCCUUCAAGUGCCCGCCAGUCUGGUGGAUCUAGAUUAAUGGGACCCGGAUGGGCCGCAGGUAGACAUUGAGAUAGUAUUGCCGUACUCCUACGCAUACCUAACAGAGAAUAGUCUCAAUAUCUAGAACAAGACUUUGUACUUGUUAUGUACGAAUCUGUAUCUGAGUAAUCCCACAUGCGAGGACUGCAGCAAUAUGCGCCAUGCAGCUUGGACAGCUCAUCAAUCUGAUCUUGGUCCUCGCUUGGCGCAACCUUUUCCUACCGACUACUAAUCCGAUCGCACUGACCGAGAAUCGGGUAGAAUUUGUCGAACUGCAGUAUUUGAUAUCUUCAGUCCGAAGAAUCGUAGAGAACUACGUAACUAAGUACGGCGGCUCGGUGAGUUUGUUCUUAGCUUAUCACAAAAAGGGAAAAAAAACCUGGCAACCAAGUUCUAGGCCUCAAUGGAAAAACCACGCCGCCCAAUCGGUCUCAAACUACAUGGUUGCGGCCAAGAGUCCAGCUGUGAGAUCCACAGAAGCCCACAUCCAACCCACCCCGGCCCUGCAGCGCGCGCCAUUAGUCAAGGCCUCGCAUCGUCGAUGCUGUCUUCAAGUUCCAGCUUCCCACGAGAGGGGCAUUUUACCGCAGAUAGCAGCGAGGAAGAGGGGGUCCCCAACCUGCCCCGCGCCCUCGUGGACGCGUCGUGUCCAGGUACUCUUCGUGUACACUCCAUCGAGUCUGGGAACUCCUGUUGGUGCGGAGCUGGGCAGCCGGGCGCGGAGGCAUGUCGGUGAGGGGAAAGACACGGAGUAUGGAGCAUGGGGUUCGGGUCGCUGCGGGUGGGCUACGGAGACUCUGAAGUUUGACCCUCCAACCACCGGUCCGCUGCUUGGUUCACCGUUCGAGGCUCUCACCACAGUUCCACAUCACACCAGACACAUGGUGGUCUUCGCACAGCUGCGGGUACCGACUCUGCACGGUCGGGGGAGAAACACGUUGGAGAUUUGGAGGGGAGCGUCCAGUCGACCCAUACAAUUCCGGGGAGAGUUCAAUUGCCCGCGCGGGGUGUCUCGUAAGUGAGCGAUAUUCUCCUCAACAAGAGGCCCUCACGGCCGUCUGAUCUGAUUGCCGGGACAACCACUUCGUCUACAUUCGACUACCAGUGCUCCACGUCGGAGACAAUCCGAGCCGACUACAACCCAAGGCAAAGUCACCAGGCAAUCGCAGCCGAAGACUCUCAGUCACGCCAAAGUUAUCAACCAGCGUGGUUCGACCCCCUCGGCCCGUUCGGAGGCCCGGCAAAACCAGCUUAUCUCGUGACCUUGAACACCACUUCAAACGCCAUUGCCUACAAGAAACCUUCAACGUGUCCGGAACGGCCUGAACAAGAAAAGGGGAUCAGAACAAAUAUCUAAUGUCGCCAUUCGCUCAAUAUCUAAUUCCACAU